AUGCUCUUCUUUCUUUCUUUCUUUCUUUCUUUCUUUCUUUCUUUCUUUCUUUCUUUCUUUCUUUCUUUUCGCUUGGUUAUGCUCCAUUUUAGCUUUUAUAGGAUCAGUUUAUUUCUUCUACGUUUAUUGCUUUUCGUCCUUUUUUAUGCCUUGAUCAAUGGCUUUAUGGUGGUCAACUCGUCUCGAACUGUCGAGGGACGAAUUCGUCUUUCACGGUCGAUUCCUGAAAAUCUCUUGACCAAUCUCUUUGGUGGUUCUUUUCCAAAACUUUUUCGCCCUUUCCUCCGUAAACACAUUCCUUCUCGGAAUAAUCUCCUUCCUUCUGUUGUGGCGGCCAUUGCAUUUUAUUUCCAUUUCGUCUGUGUUGGUAUAAAAUUUACGUGUCUCGUGAGAUUCCUUUUCGAAAUAAUCUCCUUCUUUGUGUUGUGGCGGCCAUUCCUUUUUAUUUCGAAUUCGUCUAUGUUGAUUCCUUCUCGAAAUAAUCUCUUUCUUUCUGUUGUGACCGCCAUUUCUUUUUUUUCGAAUUCGUCCAUGUUGAUUCUAUCUAGAAAUAAUCUCCUUCGUUCUGUGGUGGCGGCCAUUUCUUUUUCUAUCGAAUUCGUCCAUGUUGUUAUGAUCGUUUAUGUGUCUCGUUACAUUCCUUCUCGAAAUAAUUUCCUUCCUUGUGUUGUGGAGGCCAUAUUUCUUUAUUUUGAUUUGGUCUAUGUUGUCCUUCUCGAAAUAUUCUCUUUCUUUGUUUUUGGGCUUCCAUUUCUUUUUAUUUUUAAUCCGUCUAUGUUGAUUCCUUCUCCAUACAAUCUCCUUCGUUGUGUGGUGUCGGCCAUUUCUUUUUCUUUGGAAUUCGUCUAUGUUGGUAUGAUCUUUUAUGUGUCUCGUCAGAUUCUUUCUCGAAAUAAUGUCCUUCGUUGUGUUGUGGCGGCCAUUUCUUUUUCUUUCGAUAUCGUCUAUGUUGGUAUGAUCUUUUAUGUGUUUCGUCAGAUUCUUUCUCGAAGUAAUCUCCUUCGUUGUGUUGUGGCGCCCAUUUCUUUUUGUUUCGAAUUCGUCUAUGUUGGUAUGAUCUUUUAUGUAUCUCGUUAG